CUCUUCCUUGCCGACGUCAGCGAUGUGAUGGCGGCCGAUAAAGAGAUGAAUAAUAGCUCGACUCCAUCAGCUCUUCGACGUAGAAAAUACCUGAUGAGAGAGACCACCAGGGCCGCUGGCGGACAGCGAAGGGUCGGGGAGCCGGCGCGGGGGGCUGCAGCAAUGUGCGGAACCUGCGGUCUCUCAGCGUGGUAUUCUGGUACGUCCCCGCAUGCUAUCUAUCGACUAGUUGUACGUAGUUCGACUCGAUCUGGGCCUCCUCAACCUCGAUCAUCUGACGUCGCUCGCGGUCGACGGCAUGGCUCUUCCGGACUACCUGAAGCCAGGAGAAUGGCUGCCGUUGUUGAUCAACAAGUGCGCGACAACGCUGCAGUUGUCCAUGUCCCUGUGGAGAUCGCUCAGGGACUCCUUGGCGAUUGUUGCGUCGACGUCGACGGCUCGCUGGGUAGGGUAUGGUGGUAUUCCCUUCGAUUUUCCAAGCCUUCGUGGGCGAAGGAAGAUAGGACGGGCCAAGCCAUAAGCCGCGAGGCCAAGCUCGAGAACGCAGUCCCUUGGCGGUGUCCAACCAAGCCAGAGCGUCGAGCUGUCGAGCCUCAAAAGGCUCCCAAGCAAUAUGUAAGCUGCUCAGUCACAACCCGCCCUUGACUACGUCGUCCCAAUUCUGGCGCCGGCAGGGCCUCGCGGUCCGCGCUCCCCAAGGGGAUAUUGAAUUCUCCACGACGGUGGACGGAAUUGUAUUCCAC